AUGUUGAGGGUGACUACGGGGAGAUCGUCUGCUCCGGAUGGCUUUCGAAAGUGGAGGUCUAGUUAUCUCAAGUCAUUGUUGGGUCGAAGGCCUCUCCCAGAGCGUGCAGUGACCCCAGCGCCGCCCCUUUCCAUCCACAACGACGUCGACCGGCCACAAUUCGCCUGGGAGGAUAACCUCCACUUAGUACGUGAUGACUUCUCAUACCUCAUGAGAGCGCCGUCCCGACACAACUGGGAUACGAAGGUUCUGGACCUCAUUGACACCCGUGGCCGCCAUCACACUCUGAGCUACGGCCUUGGCGCUGUCGAAGGAUGCCGGGUUGAGAAGUGGAGAACACAGACGAUCGACAACGUACUACGAAGCUUUCGGGUGGUUUUCGGAAUGACAUCCGGACUUGCCAACUCGUCGGCGAGGCUUCUAGAGCAGAUAGUGCGCACCUUCGACACCAGUGCGGCGAUUGUGCCGCUCAGAAGGCUGGUCGACCAGGUACAGGCCGUUGUUUGUGCUCGUACUGCGUCAUCACUGCGACUAGAGGUUGCGGGUCCCAACUUUUUCAACUUCUUCCUUACUGCCGUGACCAAGGACCCUUCUCUUCGAGAACACUUCCUCAGACUCAACUGGACGGAGCGGGUCGACAAACCUUUCAGCCGACAGUCGCGACUUGAGCUCCUCCACGCGCUAGUCCGGAGCCAUGUGGAAAACUAUCAGGGCCAAGACUUGAGCCUCCCUGGUCACUUAUACUCAAUAUGGAUCCGGUACUGCAACUUUCUUCUGGAUACGCCGUUUCCAGACUUCCGCAAGAAGAUAAUCGCCCAUGAGAAGACUUGGAAGCUCUUAGAACAAUUCGCCGAACCGGCAAACAGUGCUUAUAGGUGGGGCGACUAUGAGCGAGGUCAGACACGAGUUCAGGAAGCGCACUACGGUGCUCCCACCAAUGCUUUCACCACACAUCAUCUAGUUGCACUGGAGUGA